AUGACUUCUGAUGGUAUAAAUCAUUUAGCUGUGCCGAAAGAGAGUAAUGGGAAAAUCUCAAGAGUUUCUACCAAGAAUUCUAAGGAUUCGCUGUCGACUGAUGUAUCAAAUGCUGAUUCGAAGCAGUAUCCUGAGAUCUUGAAUGCAUAUUCGUUGUAUCCCCGUACUGUCCCUCCCUUCGCAGUGGAUACAUGUGCUAAUAGUGGCUCAAAACAGUAUCCUAAACGAAGUGAAUGCGAUCAGAUGUUCAAGGAUACGUUCUUAAUGUCGCAUUCAGAUAAAUGGAGUGAAUUUCUUCAAAAUGCCGGUAGCAAUCCUUCAUACACUUCAAGAAUUAUUCUUGACAAACCCAAGACAGAAUCAAGUGGUGCUGGCACCAGAGGACAAUCUACAAUAGUCAGUAAUUCGUCGUCUUCCUUAGGUAAGAAUGUUGACGAAAAGGAAAUCAAGGGGCAUGGAAUAGUUGUCGAUGAGGAAACUAAUAAACAUACAGAUACGCAUGCAGUGGAUACCGAAGAUGGAACUGCAUACUACUAUGGACACACGACAGAUAGCAGUUAUGAUGAGGAAGUAGAAAGAGUCAGACAAGAAAUCUUUCAAAAUUUAGAUGGAGAUUGGGAAGGUGGGAAACGAUUGGAUGCUAUCUUCAACGCUCCGAUUCCUGAAAGCUACGAAUUGAGUAAUCAACGAGACAAGAAUGAGUGGCUUAAAUACGUUUCCCAACUCAAAGCUUUUUACUACUUGAAUAAGGACUCUGCGAAACAAUCUUCGGAAACUCAUUCAAGUGACGAUGGGAGGUUUCAUUCUAUUUUAAACAAGGGGAGAAAUAGUGUGAAUAGUAAGAAAAACUCUUGGGCUACCCUUGAACAAAGAAAAAAACAACAAUGGUUACCAAGACUACGAAGACUUUUAUUGCAAAGUCAAUAUCUACCUUUGUCGUUGAGAUUUCUCAUUGUGAUACUCUGCAUAAUCUCUCUUGGCCUAGCAAGUAGAAUAUACCAGAACUCGGAUUCCACUGUCGAAUCCUUCGAAUCAUCAAUACCUCAACAACCAAGUACUAUCAUGGCGCUAUGUGUUAAUUCCAUCGCUAUAUUAUAUUUGGUUUAUAUCGGAUAUGACGAAUUUUCAGGGAAACCGCUAGGAAUUAGAGAUCCUAUGACUAAAGUCAGACUAAUUAUGCUGGACCUUUUAUUCAUCAUAUUUUCAAGUGCUAAUUUAUCGCUUACCUUCAAUACAUUAUAUGAUAAUCGAUGGGUCUGCACAUCUACUGGAACGUCACAAGUUGAUCCUCCGCACGUAGGAUAUAUAUGUGACAAACAAAGGGCGCUCGCGGCGUUCCUUUUCUUGGUCUUGGUCACUUGGGUUGUAACGUUCAGUAUUAGCAUAUUAAGGGUCGUGGAAAGAGUCAGUUCUGGUGCUCCAAGACCCUAA